UACGAGCGUGCCGACUUCGAAGGGCUGAGUCGGGAGUUCACCUGUGACGUGCCUGACCUGCACGAGCUGGAUUUUGGGGAUUGCAUUGCCUCCCUGAAGGUGGUGGGGCAGCCCUGGAUUGCCUACACAGACCCCAAGUAUGAGGGGGAGCCACAUGUUUUUGAGGAGGGUGAGUACCCCUCUGUGGAGCGUCCCAACAGCUUUUCAGCGCUACGCCUCGUGCUCCAUGACCUGGGGGACCCCCAGAUCACCCUCUACGAGCGCCCCAACUUCAAAGGUGCCUGCAAGGUGGUGACGGAGGAGACCAACUUGGCAUACGGGUACUUCAAUGACCGGGUGGCCUCCCAUGUGGUGCAGCGAGGCGUCUGGCUACUCUACCAGCACCCCGGCCGGGGUGGUUGGCACUGCCUGGCGUGGCCUGGCGAGCGUCUGGCAGACUACAAACCCGAGCUGAACUUCCAG